AUGCCAAAAAGAGGACCCGCACCGGAAUCAGGUAGGACUGACGAAGGAAUGGCUUGGUACAUGUCACGGGUUCAAGUUUCCAAGACAUCGAGAAGUGCUUUACCGAAUGAACAAGCUGGACGUUCUGGCUUUGGUGUGAAAUCGCAGAGCGCUCUUUGUUCUUCUGUUUCCGCCGACGACAUCGAUACUAGUCCCGGCGCCAUUUUAGAGAUAGCGAAUGGGUUUUGUCGCUCCAAGGAUAUGGAGCAGCUCGAGAGGGAAUGGUGCGAGGAAAACGGGACUCGGGAUCAAAUGAAAAGGGAUUUCAAGGCGAAGAGAAACAGAAGCUUAAAAGAUAGAAAUUUACGAGGAGGCUUCAGACUGUAGUCAGGUUUUGACACGCAAGAAAUGAACUUCAUAUUCAUGCGACUUCAGACGAGGCCAUCCUCCUCGGAAAGCCUCACCUUGAAUUCGUGGCUAUAGUUGUUCGAACUUCUUUUAUUCCUCAUGGGGAUAUGAGCUCACCGUAGUCAAUGCUCAUGUCCCAACUGUUCAUUACUAAUAUUCCGUAGCGAUAAUCUUCUUAUGUGCUAGCUAACCGCUAGUUGUUCCCUCCUUCUAAGGGCAGAGGCAUCAAAAACACGUACAUGGAAAAUACGAACGAACGAUUCGGCUGCCCCAUGGAAGACCGCGAUUGUCGUGGAACGGCUACGGAUCUGGUCACUUGGAUUCGGAGAGCAGGUAAAUCUACAACCGAAGCGGAAGCGGUUGAAUGCUGCGACAAAAUUCGGCAAUUGUCAUUCGACUCUCGAAUGGAGUCUGGACUCUGCGGGAAAGCGGUUGCAUCUUGCUUGAGUGUCGUA